AUGACUGUCAGCAGAAGAUCAGGACGCAUCGCGGGAUCCAUAGGUAACAUCGUAUUCAUCCGCAUCACCGAAAGUCGAUUUGAGACUUUUACAGUAAAAAGCCAAAAGGACUCCACGACAAAGAGCAAGUCGUAUUGGCCACCUCGCGCACGCCUGCGUCCAAAAAGAUUUGGUGAUGGCUGGGUGGCAAUAUCGUCAGCGAAGACUCCCAGACCAGGGGCUAAUGCAGGACGAACCAGGACGAACCAACCAAGCCACACACUCCCCCGUCCUGUCGUAGAAGUGGGCGAUGAAUUUCGCUCUUGUCUUUUACUUAAGGACGGUUUCUUGUUUGCUGCAUCCACGACGGCUGUUUCAGGAUUGCGAGCAAGAAAUCCAGGAUUUGCCCUUCCCGUUCCCUUACCCUGGGAGUCUCUCCAACACAGUCUGCAGGGAAAAAAAGCACCAGCAUCGCCCAGCAAUCAACCCCCGUUGUCAUUUUCAUCGAAGCAAGCAGACUUGGGGCCGGCGUUGGACCGGCGUGGGCUGGUUUUAAGCGGAGCCAAGGCCCAUCGAGUUGCUGUACCUUGGCUGGCUCGCGCCGAUCGACUUGGCCUGCAGGAGGCGCUGGUGUCUUUCCUCCUUGUCCAGCCUCAACCUCAACUUCAACUCCAUCCCCAAUCCUCAACCUCCACAACUCUGCAACCUCUCCGGCUCUCCAGACUCGGUUGCCGCACACGGUGGAUUCUUGUCUCUUAUCUCUCAUUCAGCUCCCUCCUCCUCCCUCCACCCUCCUCCUCCCCGCCUCUCUCACCCCCGCAGUCUUUCUCGGUUUUCCGGGCACCCCGUUGCACACGUCGUGGUCGACGAUUCCCACGGCCCAAACCUCAGUUUGUCUUUGUUUCGGUCGCUUCUCCCGGCUACAGCCCGCUCGAGUUCCAUCGACGAUGCUGUUCUGCCUUUAACGCCCACAGGUCCUUUCUGUCUGCUAUCAAUGCCGUUUCCCUCCUCAAGGCUGCUGCAGGAGGGCUAGAUAAAGUUUACCACAGGGCUUUAGGCAUCAACACGAGGAGGUUGGAAGAUCAAGAAGAAACUUCCCAAAGGGACCGAGAAAGGAUAUUUUCCUUUCGGUGGUCCAGUUCAAGAGCCAUGGCCCUGGGCUCAAAUUUCGUCGCCAUCUCCUAUUUAUUCGCCUUCCUCCAUACGAUAAUUCCAACAAUCGCUGUAUCGUUAGACUACUGCUCAUCUGUCCCAGUCCAUUUUCCGCUACCCUUGCCUAUAAUUAAUUUCCUUACCUCAUCUAUCACUUUUUCGAACUCAACAUGGAAUUAUGAACGCAUGGCCCCUAAAACCUUCGAUGAAGCCAGCUCAACGUCGACCUCAACAGCUACCGCAACUAGUGGCGUGUCGACCAGUUCUGGAGCAAUCAUUACUCAGACAUUGCCUCCAGGAGCUGGCCAGACGGGCGGAACCACGUCUAGUUCAUCGAUAAGCGGCGGAGCAAUAGCGGGUAUUGUUAUUGGGACCUUACUGGCCAUUGGACUUAUUAUUUCCGUGAUCUUAUGGCUCUUCUGUGUCCGUCGACGUCGGGAAAAUGACACGAAAAUUGAUGUGAACGGCUAUGAGCCGCCGGCGCCGACCCCGAGCUUCCACAGCACCAUCCAAAGUCCACCUAUGACUUACCAAGGAGGCAUGUCCAUGAAUGGGGGAGCAAUGGGUACGAACGACCGAUAUCGAUUGAACGUACCAGGCUUUACGGAUAGUCGCAUGAAAAAGGAUGUCGUUAUUUAUCCAAAUGGAGAUCGGCAGAGCAAUAUUUCUCUACAGGACAAUCAGGAUUACUCGAGACCUGUAUUGAGAUUAACCAACCCGGACCCAUAA